ACGUGUUUUUCCCUGCAAUCGCGAGCAGGAGAAUUUUUCAAAAUUACAAUUUUGAUUUGCCCAACAACCGUCUCGUUACGCCUUCAUUUUUUUACCGUGCAAAAAAAAAACCAAAAUUAUAUACGACAUUUUUUGAUUGUGAAACGAUGCAACUCUGCUGAACUUUGGAUAAACAAAAAAGAACGCGAAGUUAUUCGCUCGCCAGAAAAUACAAAUAAAAAGAUAUCCAGGUAUCUUGACGUAGCCACCGAAGGAGCGACAGACAGCAGCUGGCAAGAUGCUUAAGUGGGCUGUCAACCAGCCGCGAAACUCGUAUUUGGCCAAGGAGCUGGUCCUGGGAAAGGGAUUGGAAACGGGAUCGGAAACAGGACCAAAACCCGAGGUCGUAAGCUCCAGCUACAGCGAGUUCCACGCCCUGCGCGGCAAGCUGAAGAGGAAGUCGCUCGGUUUGACGCAGGGCAAGGAGAACCAGCUGACCUCCACUCCGCUGCCGAGCUCCCUGACCCUCGGCACCCGCACUCCACUGCUCAAGGACCUCAGCAACAUCCUGGCCACGCCACCACCGCCAUCAGGAGCAUCAGGAGUUCCAACAGCAGCAGCUGCUCCUCUCAAGUUCGCCUGCACCCUGCCCACCUUCGAGGCGGAGUACUCGCCCAAUGCCGCCGUCAUCCCUGGCUCCCUGAUCGCCCUGCGUGGCGUGGGCAUCCCGGACAGCUACUUCGAGAAGCCCCGCUACCUGGAGCAGAAGCCUCUGCCCCAUCCCGUUGUUCCUGCCCCCGCACAGACCACUCUGAGCUCCAGCCAGAUGGGCGAUGUCACCCUGGAGCGCAUGAUCGAUGCCAUCCUGGAGAGCAACCGCAAGGGGCAUCUGCGCCAGCCCAGGCAGCAUCUCCGCCAGCGGCACAGGCAACAGGUGCUCCGGAGCAGCCACAGCCAGUCAGCCAUCCAGACCCACUCGCCCACCUAUCGACCUGCCUUCGAUCCGGCCAGCGAUCUGUGCGAGUACUGGAAGUCGCCCUCGCGCAGGGACUCCCUUCCCGCCGAUGGCUUCGAGGAGCGGGAGGUGUGCUCCCCCGCCUCCAAUCUGAAUCCCCAUCCCAAUCCCAGCCAGAGCCUGGGAAAGAGACACUCCCUGCAGCUGCGCAGGCAGCGGGUGGUGCGGCGCAAGCGCAAGAUCACCACCAAGAUCUCCUCCAGCGUCAGGCAGUCGGCGCAGAAGCUGCUGGCGGCAGCCAGGUCGGGAUCCGGAGUGCCCAGCCACCGGAGCAGCCAGAAGAGGCGCCACAUCAGCCCGGACAGCGGGCACAACUCCACCAGCGACUUCGAGGAGGAGCUGGUGGCCAUGGGAUCCUUCGGCGGGCGGGCGGAGGCGGGCACCAAGCGGCGACUGAGCUUCUCCUUCGCCGAGGAUCUGUUCGUGGACAAGUGA